AUGCUGCAAAGGGAAAAUAUUCAAUUUGCACACGCUGAAAGGGAUGGAAGGUUCCAGCAAAAACAGAACGCCGCAUUUCGUCGAGAGAGAAAUGGACAACUUGAAACUGAUGUUCCAUUUAAAAAUGAGGAGGAUGGUUAUUUGGAAUAUGACUAUAGUUCACCAAAUUUGAACCAAAGUCACGAAAUUCAAGCUGAACGAGCUCAAGGUCAUAAUGUCCAACAAGUUUCAAACUUCAAAGCAGAACAGAAUGUUCAACAAUCUGCGUUUCAGCAAAGUAGCCAUGCGCAAGAAUUCCAACAGCAAACUCAACGACGUCAACAUCAUCAGCAAACAUUUCAACAAGCAUCGUCAAAUCCGAGAUACCGAUUUGAACAAAACCGUCGACAAGAUUUGGGACCCCAAGAUUUUGACAGAGCUCCCCCAAUAAAGGAGAAAACUAUUCCUGAAGUCUCACCUGAAAUCAGCGAAGCUUUCAAUCAUAUUGACGACAAGCCGGACCAGGAAACAAUGUGCGGUGGAAGGAGGGAUCCGGGCAUCGAAGAUGAUUAUGAUGACAAACCAGAAAUCAUAGACAGAGAUGGACACCCAGCAGACCAAGAAGAAAAAGUUCCUCCGGAACAACAACAAGAAGAAGCAAUUUCGAAGCCAAACGAAGGAGAGAUUGCAGUUCCUAGCAAGGAAGAGCGAAAAAAUCAAUCCAGUGGGCUUGAACUGGCGAAUAUCAAGGAUACCAAAUAUGUCAUCACGAAAUCAGAGGAACGGAAGAUCAAAGGGUCAGUGGAGUCAUUUGAGAGGAAGAAAGCCAAAGUAGCCCAACUGUUUGAGGCUGUGAAGCACAGUGUAGAGAAUGCAGGGCAGAUGGCUUUCAAAUACACACAACAGAAGGAGGAGAGGAUCAAUGAAGUGUCAAUGAAACGCCGAGGGAAACUGUUCCGCAACCAGAACGACAUGAUCAAGUUGCUGCCGGAGAGCAAUCAGUUAUGGAUUCAGGGUUCGAGUCAUGCCAAAAAUGGAGAAAAUGAUAAUUUUGAGCACAUUGAGAGUGAUUUUCAAACUGGUCAAAAUGAUCUUGAAAAUGAACAAAUGCUGCAAAGGGAAAAUAUUCAAUUUGCACACGCUGAAAGGGAUGGAAGGUUCCAGCAAAAACAGAACGCCGCAUUUCGUCGAGAGAGAAAUGGACAACUUGAAACUGAUGUUCCAUUUAAAAAUGAGGAGGAUGGUUAUUUGGAAUAUGACUAUAGUUCACCAAAUUUGAACCAAAGUCACGAAAUUCAAGCUGAACGAGCUCAAGGUCAUAAUGUCCAACAAGUUUCAAACUUCAAAGCAGAACAGAAUGUUCAACAAUCUGCGUUUCAGCAAAGUAGCCAUGCGCAAGAAUUCCAACAGCAAACUCAACGACGUCAACAUCAUCAGCAAACAUUUCAACAAGCAUCGUCAAAUCCGAGAUACCGAUUUGAACAAAACCGUCGACAAGAUUUGGGACCCCAAGAUUUUGACAGAGCUCCCCCAAUAAAGGAGAAAACUAUUCCUGAAGUCUCACCUGAAAUCAGCGAAGCUUUCAAUCAUAUUGACGACAAGCCGGACCAGGAAACAAUGUGCGGUGGAAGGAGGGAUCCGGGCAUCGAAGAUGAUUAUGAUGACAAACCAGAAAUCAUAGACAGAGAUGGACACCCAGCAGACCAAGAAGAAAAAGUUCCUCCGGAACAACAACAAGAAGAAGCAAUUUCGAAGCCAAACGAAGGAGAGAUUGCAGUUCCUAGCAAGGAAGAGCGAAAAAAUCAAUCCAGUGGGCUUGAACUGGCGAAUAUCAAGGAUACCAAAUAUGUCAUCACGAAAUCAGAGGAACGGAAGAUCAAAGGGUCAGUGGAGUCAUUUGAGAGGAAGAAAGCCAAAGUAGCCCAACUGUUUGAGGCUGUGAAGCACAGUGUAGAGAAUGCAGGGCAGAUGGCUUUCAAAUACACACAACAGAAGGAGGAGAGGAUCAAUGAAGUGUCAAUG